AUGAAAAAUGUUUUCCCCAUAACUUCAAUAAAUACUAAAGAAGCCUUUAACUUUAAAAAUAAAGGUCAACUUUAUUACAAAGCAAUUGAGUCAUUUAAUUCAGUUAAUCUAAAUACCGAACAUAAUUCAGGAAAAAUUUUUUCUGGAAUAGAAUACUAUUUCCAUUAUUUGGAUGAAAUUUUACCAAGUUCCAUUUCGGUUACAAAAAAAUCUUACCAAAACACCAACGAUAAUCGAUAUGCAAAUAUUUUGAAUGUAUAUGCUGAUACCCAAAUCAUUUUGCCCUUAUCUAAUGAGCAAGUCAAUGCUCAGGAAAAUCCCCAAAAUAACAUUAUUUUGGAUAUCCUGAAUGUCAAAGAAUGGCCAAAGCUACCAUUUGGUAAAAAAAUUGAACAAACAUACUGGUGUACUUUAUAUUAUAUCUUACAAAAUGUGCACGUUGGUAUCAAAAAUCCCAUGGUUCCAUUUUCUUGGUCUGAUUGGUAUGAGUUUCAAAAUUUUGGCAAAUAUAAAAGGGAAAAGUGCAUGUCUAAUAAAAAAAUUAAAAAUUUUUAUGUUAAUAAACGCAUAAUAAAAAAAAAUAGCGGCUUCUUAAACAUCCCAGAAUCAGAAACUUGUAAAAAAUACAGAGGGAUGGAAUAUUUACAAGGAGACAAUUUAGUGGUAGAUAAGCUCAUAUUUACUAACAUUGGUGAGAAAAAAUUUGUUGAAGUUCAUACUAGAACGAUACCCUUUGAAAAUGGAUCUGCAAUUAUUGAUCCCGUUUUUGGAAUUGUUAAAAAUUUUAAAAUUUCAAAAAUAAAUAGGGAAUGGGUUUUAAAAAAGUUACAUAAUAUCAUUAGCGGUGUUAAAAUGUUUAAACAAGAUGCUAGCAAAAUGCAAGACAUCAUGUGUGAUUAUAGUGACAAUUCAAAAAGAAAAUUCAUAUUAAAACCGAAAAGUAGAUUUGAAGAAUACGAUAGCAUUGACGAAAAUGAUAAGCAUCCAAUCCAUAAAAAUAAUAGGGGACUAGCUGAAUUGCCUAAAUUAGAAAUACGUUAUAGGUCUAACAAGCCGAGCCAACCCAAUUUUGAAACAAUAAUAUUAAAUGAAGAUGAUUUUAAAAUUGAUACAGACAUCUAUUUGAAAAAAUUAUUGUUCGACAAUACGAAUCCAUUACAAGCUCUUAAUGACAAGGCACCACAAGAUAUAUCUGUAUACCUUCAACAUAGAUUUGGUCGCUUUUAUGGAAAUUUGUAUAGAUACUGGAUGGACUUGGAUCAAAACAGAAAUAAGAAAUAUUUUAAUGAAGUUAAAUUAAAAACGGAUAUAGAAGAAGUCUGGAGAAGGGGAUCCCAUUAUGAUUGGAGAUUUUUCAAUGGACUACAAUUUGUUUCUGAAAAACAAAAGGUUUUAAACAGAAUAUUCAAAGUAUGGUCGGAAUUUGCAUCAAAUUCUAGAAUUCAAUGGUGGUUGGCUCAUGGCAGCUUAUUAAGUUGGAGAUGGUCUGGCACGCAAUUUGAAUGGGAUCACGAUAUUGAUUUGCAAUUACCCUUUAAACAUUUUGAGUAUAUGGCUUUAAAUUAUAACAAUACUAUUAUUGUUGACAGACAGGGAUCUCAAGAUAUAAAACUAUACUAUUUAGAUAUAAAUCCAUUGUUUAUGGAUGUGUAUCAUGGAGAAAAGGGACUAAAUACAAUAGAUGGGAGAUUGAUAGAUGUAGAAACUGGGCUAUACAUUGAUUUAACAGCUAUCUCAUUUAAGGAUUUAACAAAGGAAACAUUUGUUGGAAAAAAAACAAGUUUAAAUAACAAUAAAUUCGCAAUUAGCUAUUUAUCUUCAGUCAAAUCCUACGUUUUGUCUUCAUUACCGGGAAACACAGAGUUAAAUUCAAAAGAAAAAAGCGACAAAAAAACUUUGACACAAUAUCAAGUGCUUGGUGAUAAAAACUACCAUUUUUAUGACAAUUUAAAUUUAAUAUCUCCUUUAAGGCAGACAAAAUAUGAAGGUUCUAUUGCGUUUGUACCAUUUGAGGUAGAUUUUAUUCUAAAAGAUGAAUAUCCUAAUGGGCUAACUGAUAAACACUACUUGGAUUACAUCUUUGAUGUAGAUCAACACCAAUGGGUAAAAAUUGAAACGGAUAAUUUCAAAAGUAAUGAUGGAAUUUCAAUGGGUUCUGAGAGCAAUAGUCAUAACAAUGGAAUAUCUCCAGAUUCACCAUCAUAUUCUCUUCCUAUGCAACAUUUUAUAGAAGAUGAUAAACUUUGUAAAAGUGUUAUUAUGAAGGACUCAGAGUAUUGCAAAUGGGUAUUUUACGCACACGGCACAGAUAAAAAAAGUUUUGAUUCCUUCAACGGAAUUGGUAAAAUUUCUAACAGAUUCAAGUAUUUUAAUUCUCACCACAUAAAAGAAGAUUCGAGAUUGCACAGUUUAAUUGUCAAAGACGGGUACCCACAAACUUAA